AUGGUGAAGCAGAUUGCUCCAGCUUCUGGCACGAGACCAUUACCAAUCCCCCUACGUGAGACUGUGACGGAGAUUGAGACUGCGACCGAAACGAUCACGCCCCGGCCUAUCUAUCCGGUUGCGAGAAGAAAGGAACGCCGUGACGGCUAUGUACCCCCUAUGUCGAGGCAUCCACAUGUGACCACGAUAUCGACCACGAUAUCGACCACAAAGGACUUGCCGUAUCUGGCUGGUAUAUUCUGUGACGGCGUUGAGGGCUACUCCAGUGCAUGUGGCUGCAUAGGCGUGUAUCCAAGCACCACCCUUAUUGACGGCCCUGUCGAGACUACGACCACAACAGUUACAGAAUUCACGACCCUGCCUGUGGUGUACAUUCCAACAGGAUCUUACGGCACCGGAACCGGCGGAAUUCCGAGCUUCACGGCCUCACCGACAGGGAUAUGGACCAACUCAAGCACUCCUGACCCGACCUCAUUCACGGAAUCAUACUCGUCCGUACCGUCAGACCCUCCAUAUACAAACUCAAGCAUCCCGACGUCGAGCGCUCUUUACACAAAUGCCAGCACGCCACUCCCAACAUACCCAUACACAAAUUCCAGUACCCCACUCCCAACAUACCCAUACACAAACUCCAGCUCCUCACACCCGACCUACACAAACGCAAGCUCUUCUUCUCCUACGACCCCAUCCUGGUCCAACUCCUCCACGCUCUACCCAACCUUCCCGGCAACCACAACAACAUACACAAACACCCUCCCGCAAACCCAAUAUCCAAACACAACCCUCUCAACAGCCCCCUACGCCAACAGCUCCUCGUCAACUUCGUCAACCUCCCCGACAUCCACCCACAUCAUUGCAACCCCCAUAACCCCGUCCCACACCGCCAUCCCCGCACCCCCAGUCUGCGGCCCCACCGGCGUCUGCGAACACUUCUCGCCCUGCGGACCCAUCGAUAGGCCCGGCAACCCGUGCGUGUGCGCCGGCGCCAUCGAGAAAGACGCCAUUUGCGUCGACCGCAGACAGCAAUGCCGCACUAUGGCACCGUGUGUGAGCAGUGCCGAUUGCGGUAUUAGUGAGAGAUGUGCGGUCAAUAGCUGCUGUGGUGGGCCUGUUUGUGUGCGUAUUGGUGGUGUUUGCGGUAAUCCGGAUAUUGGUACCAUUCCGGGUGGGUUUGGGAGGAGUUUGAAGAGGGGUGUGUUUGGGGAACUUGUGCCAAUGGGGAGGAUGGGAGGUGGGAUUUUUGGGUAG